AUGCAGAAAGAUGACUUAAAUGAAGUGCUUCCUAGUGAAAAAGAAAAGUCUGUGUAUCAUUGGAAAAAAUGCAUUUCUUCUGAUGAAGAUGUGUAUGACAAUAAAAAGUUCAUAUUAGAGCAAAUGAACUUGUGUGAUAAAUCUAAAAUGGCUCGAAGAAAACAAAAUGUGAAGUUUGCUGUAAAUAUUUUUCAUGAGAGUAAUGAUGCUGCUCUUCAAUUAUUGGGAAAGAAACACUGCAUUGAUAAUUGGCAGGAUACGGUAAAAUUUUUGCAAAUUAUCAGAAAAUGGUGGAACAUUAUGAAUGUGAGCCACCUAAACAAAAGCCUUUAUAUAAAAUGUGAAGACAGCAAAGCAUUUACUGCACCUGAUGAUAAAAGAUUUAGGUUUUUGGAAAAAUUCUGUUGUUGGCUUGAGCAGUGGAAAAACAUGAAGCAACAGUCUCGUUGCGGAUGUUUAAGCGAGGAAACUUAUUUUGCUCUUUAUCAGACAACAAAUGCAAUCAUCGAUGUAAUUAAAGAGCUUUUAGUAAAUAGCUCAAAAUUUAUUUUAACUUCCAAAUUUCAGACUGAUAAAUUGGAAUACAGAUUUUCGCAAUAUUGUCAGAUGUCUGGAGGAAAUUACCAUGUUUCAGUUCAGCAAAUUCUGGAGUCUGAAAGAAAAAUUAAAUUGAAGUCCAUUCUUCAUCUUCAUUCUAAUUCAUAUGGUAACAUCUCUUUAAAACAGUUUGUUGCAGAAUUUUCAGACAUUAAAGAAAUGAGUAAAGAUGUUGAUCUUACACCUUUUAAUGAAAUUAUUUGCAAUGGUGUAGAAUUGGCUGCAGUUUCAGACAUUGAUGCAGAAGUUCUAACAUACAUUGCUGGUUACUGCACAAGAAAUAUUAAAACUAACUGCGGUUGAUCUUUACAAUAUGGUAACUGGUAGUUUGGCGACAUUUUGGAGGCGAUAAAGGUUACUACCUGGGACUUUGGUAAUAAUGU